AUGGAUUUGUCCGUUGUCUUAAACAUAAGUGACUCCAAAGACACUUUGGAAGGCGGUGGCGAGAAGCUGAAAGUGAAAACGCCAACACUCGUGGCUUCACGGCGCGGCAUCCAGGGUGAUGAUGUGCUCCAACAAGCAGAAGCUGCUGGUCUUUCAGAAGUGGAGCGGGUGGUGAAAGCCAAUGACCGUGACUACAACGAGAAGUUCCAGUAUGCGGACAAUCGCAUUCAUACGUCCAAGUACAACAUCCUGACGUUCUUGCCAAUUAAUUUAUUUGAGCAGUUCCAACGGGUGGCGAAUGCCUAUUUCCUUUUCCUUCUGAUACUACAGCUCAUUCCAGAAAUCUCUUCCCUGACGUGGUUCACCACCAUCGUGCCACUGGUCCUGGUGAUCUCAAUGACAGCGGUCAAGGACGCCACCGAUGACUACUUUCGUCACAAGAGUGAUAACCAAGUGAAUAACCGGCAGUCUGAAGUGCUCAUUAAUAACAAAUUGCAGAAUGAGAAAUGGAUGAAUGUGAAAGUUGGAGACAUCAUUAAAUUGGAAAAUAACCACUUUGUUGCUGCCGACUUGCUGCUCCUGUCAAGUAGUGAGCCACACGGUCUCUGCUAUGUUGAAACAGCUGAGCUGGACGGGGAAACAAACCUGAAGGUUCGUCAGGCACUACCUGUCACCUCAGAACUUGGAGCAGAUAUUAGCAGUCUUGCAAAAUUUGAUGGGAUUGUUGUCUGUGAGGCGCCUAACAACAAGUUAGACAGAUUCUCUGGGGUCCUCUCUUGGAAGGACAGCAAGCACACGCUCAACAACCAGAAGAUAAUCCUGAGAGGCUGCGUCCUGAGGAACACCAGCUGGUGCUUUGGGAUGGUUCUUUUUGCAGGUCCAGACACUAAACUAAUGCAGAAUAGUGGUAAGACAAAGUUUAAAAGGACAAGCAUUGACAGGUUGAUGAAUACCCUAGUCCUGUGGAUUUUUGGGCUUCUGGUAUGCUUGGGGAUUAUUCUUGCAAUAGGAAAUUCAAUCUGGGAGAAUGAAGUUGGGAAUCAGUUCAGAACUUUCCUCUUCUGGAGAGAAAGCAAGAAGAGUUCCUUGCUCUCGGGAUUCCUAACGUUCUGGUCAUAUGUUAUCGUCCUCAACACGCUUGUGCCCAUUUCAUUAUAUGUGAGUGUGGAAGUGAUCCGUCUGGGACAUAGUUAUUUUAUAAACUGGGACCGGAAGAUGUAUUAUGCUGUGAAAGCAAUGCCCGCUGAAGCCCGGACGACCACACUCAAUGAAGAAUUGGGCCAGAUUGAAUAUAUUUUCUCUGACAAAACAGGAACUCUCACUCAAAACAUUAUGACUUUUAAAAAGUGUUCCAUUAAUGGGAGAGUCUAUGCAGGUGAAGCACUAGAUGACCUGGGCCAGAAGAAAGAUUUAACUAAGAAAAAGGAAAUGGUGGACUUCUCAAGCAAAUCUCAGUCAGAAAGAACACUCCAUUUCUCUGACCACAGUCUGAUGGAAUCCAUUGAGCUGGGGGACCCCAAAGUGCAUGAAUUCCUUCGCGUACUCGCUCUCUGCCAUACUGUAAUGUCGGAGGAGAAUAGCACAGGGCAACUGGUUUACCAAGUUCAAUCACCCGAUGAAGGAGCUCUGGUUACCGCUGCUAGAAACUUUGGGUUCAUUUUUAAGUCUCGGACCCCAGAGACAAUAACAAUAGAAGAAUUGGGAACAUCUGUUACUUAUCAGUUACUUGCCUUUUUGGAUUUCAACAACAUCAGGAAAAGGAUGUCUGUCAUAGUUCGAAACCCAGAAGGAGUGAUAAAACUUUAUUCCAAAGGAGCAGAUACCAUUUUGUUUGAGAAACUCCAUCCUUGCAAUGAAGCCCUGCUGUCAUUGACAUCGGACCAUCUCAGUGAGUUUGCAGGGGAAGGCCUCCGAACCUUGGCAAUUGCUUAUAGAGACCUUGAUGACAAGUACUUUGAGGUGUGGCAGAAGAUGCUGGAAGACGGGAGUGCUGCCACCGCCGAGAGGGAUGAAUGCGUUUCUGGGAUGUAUGAAGAAAUUGAGAGAGACUUGAUGUUACUAGGUGCCACUGCUGUGGAAGAUAAGUUACAAGAAGGUGUCAUUGAAACAGUUACAAGUCUAUCACUAGCCAAUAUUAAGAUCUGGAUUCUAACAGGAGACAAACAAGAAACUGCCAUCAAUAUCGGCUAUGCCUGCAACGUGCUCACUGACGCCAUGGAUGCUGUGUUUGUGAUAACGGGGAACACGGCUGUAGAAGUGCGAGAAGAACUCAGGAAAGCAAAGGAAAAUUUGCUUGGACCAAACACAAGUUUUUCCCAUGGACAUGUAGUUUAUGAAAAUAAGCAGCAGUCAGACUUGGACCAGUGUGCAGAGGAAGCCGGAACAGGAGAAUAUGCCUUGGUCAUAAAUGGCCACAGUUUGGCCCAUGCCCUAGAAAGUGAUGUUGAGAGUGAUCUUUUGGAGCUGGCCUGCAUGUGUAAGGCUGUCGUUUGCUGCAGAGUCACCCCGCUCCAGAAAGCCCAAGUAGUAGAGUUGGGGAAAAAACACAGAAGCGCUGUGACUUUGGCCAUUGGUGACGGGGCCAAUGAUGUCAGCAUGAUUAAAAGUGCUCACAUUGGCAUUGGCAUCAGCGGUCAGGAAGGACUGCAAGCAGUCUUAGCCAGUGACUACGCGCUGGCUCAGUUUAGGUAUCUCCAACGGCUGCUUCUGGUUCACGGGAGGUGGUCCUAUUACAGAAUGUGCAAGUUUUUAUGCUAUUUCUUCUACAAGAACUUUGCAUUCACCCUUGUGCAUUUCUGGUUCGCCUUCUUCUGUGGCUUCUCAGCGCAGACCGUUUAUGACCAGUGGUUCAUCACUCUUUUUAACAUCGUUUAUACAUCACUACCCGUUCUAGCCAUGGGAAUUUUUGACCAGGAUGUGAGUGAACAGAACAGCAUGGACUGUCCUCAGCUCUAUGAACCAGGACAACUGAAUCUACUUUUUAAUAAGCGGAGAUUUUUCAUCUGUGUGGCACAUGGAAUCUACACCUCGUUAGCCCUUUUCUUCAUUCCCUAUGGGGCCUUUCACAAUGUGGCUGGAGAAGAUGGUCAGCACAUUGCUGACUACCAGUCCUUUGCCGUGACCAUGGCCACAUCUUUGGUCAUUGUGGUCAGUGUACAGAUAGCUUUGGACACAAGUUACUGGACUGCGGUUAAUCACGUCUUCAUCUGGGGGAGUAUUGCUACCUAUUUCUCCAUUUUACUGGCAAUGCACAGUAAUGGUAUCUUUGGCAUCUUCCCCCACCAGUUCCCCUUUGUUGGAAAUGCGCGGCACUCUCUGAGCAAGAAGUUCGUCUGGCUUGUUGUUUUCUUGAUAGUGGUGGUGUCAGUCAUGCCCGUGGUGGCAUUCAGAUUUCUGAAGAUGUAUUUAUACCCAAGCCUGAGCGAUCAGAUCCGCCGGUGGCAGAAGGCUCAGAGCAAGGAAAGACCCAUCCGAAGCAGAAGGCCCCAGACCCGCAGGUCAAGCUCCAGAAGGUCGGGAUACGCAUUUGCUCACCAAGAGGGCUAUGGCGAGCUCAUCACAUCUGGGAAAAAUAUGCGAGCUAAAAGUCCAGCUCCAACAGCAGGGCUGGAAAAGAUACUUUAUAAUAACACGAGCUGGAUUGAAAAUUUAUGUAAGAAAAGCACAGACGCGGUGAGCGGCUUUAGUCAUGAUAAGACAGUGAAACUGUGAGUCAAGAGGACUUGAACCACAAAGCCGUCUUUUCACCUCAUCUGGGGCUGAGCUUUGGCUGUGCUGGGGCCAAGAGCAGCACAGCUCGCCCUGCUUAACUUAAAUCUGUGGCCUCCAGCUGCCAACGCCUGUCAGAGGCUGGUGUGUUCGGCAGGAAACCGGGCCAGAUGGGCGUGGUCCAAUCUGUGAUUCCGUGAACCAAGGCCUCUCGGGACAAGUACAGAUUUUUAUUAACUUAAACACCAAUCGAUCUGAACUUUGAGUCUUGUUUAUGGAAAAAAAAAAAGCUUGUAAAUUAGCAUCUACAUUGGAUGGGCCCUGGGUAUGUCAAAGGGUACAUUCCAACGGUGUAUCUGAAGCAGAAAGCACUCUCAACAGAUACACCAUGUAUGUGAAGAGCUGCCUUUCCCAGAUGCAAUUGCAGAAUUCAAAGUGUGCAGUAUGGUGCUCUCGGAUUGAGAGUCAGUCUCUCUCGAGUUGUGGCCUCUACUUACCUGCCUGAAGAAUGCAUAAAAAAGCCUGUGGAGUUCCUUAUUUUUACAACAGGGAAACAGGGUAUCUCUGUAGAGGGGCUGACAGAUUUAUUUAGAAAGUGUUCAGACUGUUCUACAUAGGGGCAAAAUACCAGCGUGGCUCCCCCUAAUGUCUCCUAACGUUUCCGUGACUUGUGUGACAGGGUCAGUAGCAAUCUGCUGCGUGCUACUCAGACUGC